AUGCCGAAUGCUUGGCCAAAGACCCUGCUUUGCGAACUUCUCCGAAUCCGACCAUUUCCGUGUCUGUGCAGGAAACUAUGGCCAGAAUCAAAAGAACAGCAAGGCAGUGUAGCUCUGAUGGAGUUUUCUACCAUUCGGAUGGGUCGAUUGUUUUUUUCAAACGGCUCAAUAAGAGUGCCUCGAAGUGAGCUGUCGGAACACCCUGACAGCCCUUCCUAUCUUCCUCCUACCCCCACUUAUUACCAUACACCCACAUCUAGUGGAACUCCCAGUGAUGGAAUCCUGGGGGAGGCGGAUGAAGAACAUCAACCCGGGCCUUCUGGACAGGCGUCGGAAGAGAGUCUAGGGGAGGACCCCGCUGGCACCAGUCGGCGGUCCCCUAGCUCUGAUAUGAGCUCUGGUGACGAGUCGGCCUCGUCAUCUUCUACAGAGAAUGCCUCCGUAACUUCAGAGGAGGCUGGAUCAAACAUAGAUUCUGCCAGAGAGUCCCUGGCAGUGGAUAGGGGGGAAAACAAAGCAAUGGAGAAGCUCUCGGCCACAAGGAAGCCGGUUGUAUCUGCUGCUCGAUACAGGUCGAAUGUCCUAAACAGGGCAGAAGUAACCACUCACACCAAAGUGGACGAGCAGAAAACUGGCGGCACCUCCAAGGGUGCACCUUCCAAAUCUCCUUCAAAACCAUCCGACACUAAAAUCCAAAAGACUAGGGCGGGUGAUAGGCCGACUGUAGUCCAGAUGGCCAAGUCCAUGCUGAGGGCGGUUGAUCCAGAUGACAAGGCGUCUGUCAGAGGAGUCGGCACCCUUGACUUGGAUGGCAUCUUGGGGAAUCUCUGCGAGGUGAAGAAGGACCUGGACUCGGCCCGCCUGCGCAUCACUUCCCUUAAAAAUGAGAUUACAACUCUUAAGGAGAAGCUCGAGCCUCUUCAAGAUGUCAAAGAAGAGGCCGAGAAAGCCAAGCAGAAGGUGGGCCGCCUGGAGCAGCGCCUCAGCAACCAGGAGCAUCAGCUGAAGUCCAAGUUUGAGUCCGUGGUUGAUCAAGAGAGACAGGCUCCUGUUAAGCAAAUGAUGAGCGAUUAUGAAGCCAUCAUGCGGGACACUUGGGCGGCUGUACAGCCGGACUCGGACUAUCAGAUUUGGAAAUCCAAAUUUGACGAAGCCAGCAAAGCAUUCGACGCUCGCCUUAUUGAAGAGGCUGAGAAUGCUGAGGCCGAGGAAAGUUCUGGGUCCGACUCUUCUGGGGAGUCGUCCUCUGGUGGCGAGGAGGAGGAGGAUCAGGCGGAGGAGCAAGAGAGAAAGGAUGAAGAGCAGCCAAAGGACGACAGGCCGGCUGCCACUAAAGAGGCUCUCCCCUGA